AGUUUAAAGUCUUUUGUUGUUUGUUUUGUCUCUCUGGUGGUGCUUCCGUGUGCGGUAAGAAGGGAAGCUUGUGCUUGUAGACUUGUGUCUCUCCAAAAUUCGCUUAAUUACAAAUGAUGGUUGGAGGAGGAAGUGCACAGAAGCUAACCACUAAUGAUGCACUUGCAUACCUCAAGGCUGUCAAGGAUAAGUUUCAAGAUAAACGCGAAAAAUACGAUGAGUUUCUUGAGGUCAUGAAAGAUUUUAAAGCUCAGAGAGUUGAUACUAGUGGUGUUAUCUUGAGGGUGAAAGAGCUAUUUAAAGGGAACAGAGAGCUGAUCUUGGGUUUCAAUACUUUCUUACCAAAGGGUUUUGAGAUCACACUCUUGCCCGAAGAAGAUGACCAACCUCUUCCAAAGAAACCUGUUGAGUUUGAGGAAGCUAUUAGUUUUGUCAACAAGAUUAAGACAAGGUUUCAAGGAGAUGAUCGUGUAUACAAAUCAUUCUUAGACAUAUUGAACAUGUAUAGAAAGGAAAACAAGUCCAUUACUGAGGUCUAUCAGGAGGUGGCUAUCCUUUUCCGGGACCAUCACGAUUUGCUUGUGGAGUUCACUCACUUUCUCCCUGAUACUUCAGGAACCGCCUCUACUAAUGAUCCUGCAAAAAUGUCAGUACGUGAUCGUGGCAUUAAAUCUCUUCCCACCAUGCGGGACUCUGAUAAGAAGGACCGUACUGACCGUGACCUCAAAACGGAGCAUAUGGACAUAGACCAUGAGAGAUCUUUGCUGAAAGAAAGUAAAGAAGACGUUAAACGCAUUGACAAAAAGAGUGAUUACAUGGAUGGCAGAGACAGGAAAGGUGAUGGAAUAGAUAACAGAGGUCUUGGACACGAUAGCCAGAAAGAUCAGUUCCUCCUCAGUAAAAAGAAGCUGACACUAAGAGAUAAUGAUUCUGCUGAAAUCUCAAAUCAUGGUAGAGAAGGAGACAAGUUUCGUGGAGACAUUGCCACUUCAUCUACUCAUGAUGAUAAAGGCCAUGUCCAAGAACUUGCUUUUGUUGAUCGAGUGAAGGCAAAACUUAAAACCUCUGAGUACCAAGAAUUCUUAAGAUGUCUUAAUCUGUUUUCAAAGGAAAUUAUCAGCCAACCAGAGUUGCAGUCUUUGGUGGGAGAUUUAAUCGGAGUAUAUCCAGACCUUAUUGAGGCCUUCAGAGUCUUUUUGGUUCAGUGUGAAAAGAAUGAUGGAUUACUCUCUGGUAUCCUAACUAAGAAAUCCUUGUGGAGUGAUGGCAAAGUUCCUCAGCCUACUAAGUCACAGGACAAGGAUACCGACCGAGAAUGUGACAAGGUUGAAAGGUUUAGAGAAAGGGACCGUGAGAAGGAGAGACUCGAGAAGGCUGCAGCGAGCCAGAAAUGGGCAAAACCUAUCAAUGAGCUAGAUCUCUCGAACUGUGAGCAGUGCACUCCUAGUUAUCGGUUACUUCCAAAGAAUUAUCCAAUUCCCAUUGCAAGCCAAAAGAUGGAGAUUGGUAGCCAGGUGCUUAAUGAUCAUUGGGUGUCUGUCACUUCAGGAAGUGAAGACUAUUCAUUUACCCACAUGCGCAAGAACCAGUAUGAAGAGAGCCUCUUCCGAUGUGAAGAUGACAGGUUUGAGCUGGACAUGCUAUUAGAGUCUGUGAACUCAGCUACCAAUCGCGUGGAAGAGUUAUUGGCAAAGAUCAAUAGUAAUGAAAUGAAAACUGACACUCCCAUAUGUAUUGAGGACCACCUCACAGCUCUAAACCUAAGGUGCAUAGAACGUUUAUACGGUGACCAUGGGCUGGAUGUGCUUGAUCUGCUAAGGAAGAACGCAUAUCUUGCUUUACCUGUAAUACUGACCCGUUUGAAACAGAAGCAAGAAGAGUGGAUUAAGUGUCGUUCUGAUUUUAACAAAGUGUGGGCUGACAUAUAUACCAAGAACUACCACAGAUCACUUGAUCAUCGCAGUUUUUAUUUCAAACAACAGGACUCAAAGAAUCUGAGCACAAAAGCGUUGCUGGCAGAGAUAAAAGAGAUCUCUGAAAAGAAGCGAGCAGAAGAUGAUGCACUUCUUGCUCUUGCGGCUGGGAACAGACGAACUGUGUGCUCCAACAUGAGUUUUGAUUAUCCAGAUCCUGAUCUUCACGAAGAUCUCUACCAGCUGAUCAAGUAUUCAUGCGGAGAAAUGUGUUCAACUGAACAGUUAGAUAAGGUGAUGAAGGUGUGGACAGAAUUUUUGGAACCAAUGUUUGGUGCUCCUUCUCGCCCUCAAGGUGCUGAAGACCGAGAAGACGCUGUCAAGUCUACAACAAACCUGAGCGAGGGCAGUCCUCAAAAUGGGGUCACUGUUGUUGCCACCUCUGUGCGGUCGAAUGGCACUCGAAAAGCAGGUGAAAGUAGUCAGUUGCAACAGGCUAGUGAUUUGGAUAGAGAUGUCACUGCCAAUAAAACCUCAGAUGCCUUGUUAUGUGACAACACUAAGAAUGAUAAAAUGCUGAAGAAUCUAACCACACCUGACACCAACCAAGCUGUUUCUAACUCAAGUACACUGCCUGUAGAUGGAUUGCUACCUCAAAGGUCUGGAAAAAUCCUUAGUUUUUCUAAAUCUACUGUGUUGGCCACUAUAAAGGAGAUGGAGUUGAAGCUGCUGAAUCAUGUUAGUCGGCCACGUGUGGAUGUGUUUCCAAAUGGGACAGUGGGGGAAACAUCGACUAAUCAAAGAUGUAACGAAGUGUCUGCUGGUGAAGCCAAAGUCGAAAGAGAGGAGGGUGAACUUUCCCCCACAGGAGAUUUUGAGGAAGAUAACUUUGCAGAGAAUGACUUGGAGCCUCUCAGCAAUGGUAAAGAUGGUGGCGGAGAGAACGAUGCUAAUGCGGUUGAUGAAGGUGAUGAAAGUGCACCAAGAUCAUCAGAUGGCAGCGGAAACACAUCUCAGAAUGGUGAUGUUUCUGGAACCGAGUCUGGUGAUGGUGAAGGUUGUUACCCCGAAGAUGAAAUGGAACACAACAACAAGGCAGAAAGUGAAGGUGAGGCUGAAGAAGAAGAAGAAGAAGGUAUGACUGAUGUACAUGAUGAUGCUGUAGAAGGAGAUAGGCCUGUGUUGCCCAUAUCUGUGCGUAACCUGCUACAUGUGAAGCCUCUAGCAAAGUAUGUCCCUCCAGCGUUAUGCGAUAAGGACAAAGAUGUUACUCGGAAGAACUCCAGAGUCUUCUAUGGGAAUGACUCAUAUUAUGUUCUUUUCAGGCUUCAUCAGAUUUUGUAUGACAGAAUACUAUCAGCAAAGAUCAAUUCGUCUUGUCCAGAAAGAAUGUGGAAGACCUCAAAUUCAACAAACCCUGCGGAUUCCUACGCCAGAUUCAUGAAUGCUCUCUACAACUUACUUGAUGGCACGUCUGAUAAUCCGAAGUUUGAAGAUGAUUGCCGAGCAAUAAUUGGGACACAGUCAUAUGUUCUCUUCACACUGGACAAACUGAUCUAUAAGCUCAUCAAGCAUCUCCAAGUAGUAGCAGCUGAUGAGAUGGACAGCAAACUACAACAGCUAUACUUAUAUGAGAAAUCCAGAAAGCCUGAAAAAUAUCUUGAUGCUGUUUAUUAUGACAAUACUCGUGUUCUCCUUCCAGAUGAAGAUAUAUACCGCAUUGAAUGUGAACUGGCGACACCAACAAAACUAUCUAUCCAGCUUUUGAACUACGGACAUGAUAAGCCUGAUGUGACAUCCAUAUCCAUGGACCAAACUUUUGCAGCUUACCUCUACAACCAAUUCCUUUCCAGUCAAUCUAAGGUGAAAGAGAAUUCUCGAAUCUAUCUAAACCGGAAUAAGCGUAAAAAUGGUGAGGAUCAAGUUAAGAUUAUGAACGGUUUGGAGUGUAAGAUAACCUGCAGUUCUUCAAAGGUCUCCUAUGUAUUCGACACAGAGGAUGUUUUGCAUUGUGUUAAGAGGAGGAAGGUUUUAAACCAAAGCAGACAGGACCCUGUUGCCAGUGGUUCUUCAUCAAUCAGGCAAAGAAGGAUACAAAGUUACCAAAAACUUCUCACCGGCCAAUGACAUUUCUCACACUUGCCAUCUUAGCACGCUUUUACAGGAGACAUUAUUUUGCUUGAAAUACUCAGCAUUGAGCUUUGUCGGAAGAGAGGAAUACUGAAAGAGAUUAGCUUCCACGGUUGUGUAUAUAAAGCUUUUGUAUGUUGUAACAUUAACUCUCAAAAGUCGUCUCUUGUUUUGUCCUAUUCUUUCCAACAUUAAUCACCUGAAUGAAAAAUUUGUUCUGUAUCCUUAAAUAGUGCACAAUCUCAGGCUUUAAUGUAUUUUUUGUUGACAAUGUUUCACCAAAGACAGCUAACGUGGAGCCUCUUCAACCGGCAAGUUCGCUGAUUGGUGGACGGUCCAUGAUAUCUGCUGCAGCUGCUGCACUACGUUGCAGCGUUGGGUCAAUAUCAGGCAACUUAGGAAUCUGAGCCAAGAGAUCAAUGGUGCGUCGUAACAGACGAGCAAGAUCACCUUCGUCCAUUGCACAUUCCAUCAUCAUUUCUUUCCAACUUAAUCCAGAAGCCCAAGCUUCAACCAUACCAGAAAACUGAACGUCCAGACAACAAGAAAUCUCAACCUCAUGCUUCUCUUGAAGCUUUAUAAGAGAGCUUCGUUGUUCUUCUAAGAAAUUAACCACGUCAACGACUGUAUCAGAUGGCUCGUAUAUAUAGUUAUUGUCUCUCCAUGGUCGAACUUUAAUGCCUUCGGAGACUAAACUUGCACAUACACCAGCUAGUUGAGGAGGCUUGAGAUCGACAAGGACUUUGUUCCGGAGAACCAUUGCAAGCCAGAGCUCGUUCUCUCCUCGGAUCGCAGCAGCUGUUUCACCCAGAGGAAAUAUCAAGUGUGUGUUAAUGUCCAAUGCUCUGCUUUCGUGGAUCACAUUGCUUAUACGCAUGAAAUCUUUCCAACCAGACGGUUCUAUCUGCUCUAAACGGUUUAUUAGGCGUCUUGAUCUCGCCUUGAGCCGUUUCAUCUUCUCAACCGUCAGCUUAGCGUUCUCUAGAAUUUUCUUAUAUUCUCUGAACCCUGCUGAUCGUGAUAUCCUCUUCUUCAGACGUGACACUUUGCUUCUUUGUUCCUUGUAUUGUUCCGCAGCGUUGUCAUACUCUUGGGACAUGUGUAACACCUCGUCUUCUUCGGAAAGGCUGCUUAGGACAGGUACGUUUAAACUCCAGGACCAUGUCUCCAGAGAUCCUUCCAUUCUCCACAUACUUCCAAGUUCGGAUUCAGCUAGUUUAUCCCACUGCAUAUCUGCUUUGUCAAGAAGAGCCUUCAUGAUUUCUCGAGGUAAAGCAUCUCCUAUCGCUAAGGCAGUGUUAGGGAAACCAGUCCUGUAAACAGUCCUUAUCCAUUUCUCAGUAAAGAGAUACCAUGAGUUAUCAGAGCCAAGGGCCACAUAGUAAGAUGGUUUAACAAUAGGCUUCUCAGGCUCAUCAGCCGCCAGCUCAUCAUCGAUUACGUUCAACGCAAAAGACUCAUCCAAAGACAUCAUCUUCUGAAGUUUUGAACCGUUAAAUGAAUCAAUAUGUCCCAGGUAAACGGCAGGGACUGACUGCUGCAUCCCUUCAGAAUCUUUGAACUCCAAACAUAUAAACGGUAAGUUUCCAUCUUCCAUCCCUUUUAGAAGCGGUUUUAGUGCUGAGAACCUUUCGAGCUCCAUCCUUCUUCGUAGUUCAGUACGCUUGCGUUUCUCUUCCCGCAGCUCUCCCUGAAGUGCAGUGAUCUCCUUGUAUUCCUUCGCUGACAGAAGUUUCCUACUCUUCUUAUCUAUAGCUUCGUCGCUUAUUUCUGAUGUCAGAAUCUCGAUCUUCUUGUCGAUUUCGGCAAGUUCUUCCUUCGCAGCAACCAUCACAUUGCUGCUCACAUAGUUUCCAAAACUCUUCUCAACUAACUUUUUGGCUUCUUCCAGACUUCUCCCAGCUUGUAAGACUUUCCCUUCCUCAGUCCCAUUUGAUUUACGAGUAACUUUUGAUCCAGCUACGAGAUUUAACACCAUUCCAUAUGAAGCAGUAAACUGCGACACUAGGGGUUUUACUCCAGCAAAGACAAGUUUGCAGCACUCUUCAGCGCCUUCAAAAGCAGUCUGAACCAGAACAGUGUAACCCUUGUCAUCAAUGCCUCUGCGUCCAGCACGCCCAGCCAUCUGGAACAAUUCGUUAGGACCCAGCUGUAUUCUUUCAUUACCAGCCUUUUUUGUCAGAGAUGAAAUAACAGCUGUUCUAGCCGGCAUGUUUAUUCCAGCAGCAAGUGUCUCAGUGGCAAAGACAACCUUAACAAGUCCUCGCUGAAACAGUUCUUCAAUGAAAGAUUUCCAAAGAGGUAGACAUCCGGCAUGAUGUGCAGCGAUUCCCCUUAGCAGUCCUUUCUCUGCACUCUCUCU